GUGAGUUUCUUAAUACACGCAAUUUCGUUCGUUUUCUUUCUUUCUUUUAUCUUUUACGAUGUGUUUGGUACAUAAUUUCAUGAAGCACCUUCAGUUUAUCAAAAACAUUAGACAGGAAGAUUUGGAGGAUGUGAAUUAGGAUAGAAGGAUAGCAGUGGCGGAGUACUGCUGCACCUGCAAAAGUUCGAACUCAGGUUGUUGAUGCGGAAAUGCACACUUUUGACCACUGGACUAUGCUUCUCUAAUUUGUCAAGGGUGUUGUUGACUAUGCUUCUCUAAUUUGUCAAGGGUGUGCAACAACAUGUAUACAACCAUAAAUAUCUAUAUUUAACCUAUAUACGCGAAAAAAAUUUCUGACGAAGGGUGUUUAUCUGACCACCGAAGGAUAGUGGAGAGAAGUGUGUCCUUGCUAGUGGCAGGAGGACUUCGUUAUGGCAUAUAUCCAUGCUAAUAGUCAUAGUGUUGGUCUUGUUUUAAAGUGUGUUAUCGUUUGUCGUAUUAAUUGAUGCUAGUCUUGUUUGCGUUAUUAUUAUCUGGUGUGUUAAUACAUGUUGUUUCGUGUUCCUUUAUUAUUUCAUUUGUGGAAUGUUCUUGUAUUGAGCCGAGAGCUUAUUGGAAACAACCUCUAUAUCUCAUCCUUUGAGUUAGUGAUUGGAACUGUGUGCACUUACCCUCCCCAAAUCCAACUUCAUGAAAAUUUACUGAAUUUGUUGUUGUUAUUAUUGUUUAAUUUUUUUGGAAAUUAAGACUCAUGAAAUGACUUUUUUGUUAAAAUAGACAAAUAAACUCUAUUUAUUUCGAGAGGUGGGUGAAAGCUAAUUGGAAUAUUAUGAUUACCCAAAAAGAAAAAAGAAAAAUUACUAUCGUUUCAAGUUCAUUAUUUUUCACCUACCCCAAUCCUUGACCAAGCCUGGCUCCCAUACGUUAACUUGUGUUGAUUUUCAAAACAUGUUAGUCGUGCUCUAAUUGGAAUUUUAUAUAUACUGAAUAUGACAGCAAGGGGUUGAACGUUUUGCCGUAGGUGAUUUGUCAUCAAAGCUUAAAUUUGACCCCCAUAUCUUAAUUAUCUUCCACGUGGCUCAUUCAUUACCAUUAGAUUCUUUAAUCAUAUACUUUCCUUUCUCAAUAGUCCAGCACCGGUCAGACCAAGUUUUCCAAUGUUACUGGAGUGUGUUACAUUACAAAAUUUAAAAAAAAUAUUAAAAAAAAAAAGAAGAAGGAAGGAAGGGAGAUUCAUCAUAGGCAUUAUCUGUUUGGUGCACUGAGGAGCAGAUGGAGAAACAUGGGAUUCAUCUGCUAGCACUUUCUCAUGUGUACUUGGUACCUUUACUAAAGCAUAGAUGCACCAAAGCGUUGGCUGAGCAAUUGACAAUUGAAAAUGUAGUAGACAUGCUUCAACUGGCGAGGCUAUGUGAUACACCUCAUCUUUAUCUUAAGUCCAUGAAAUUUUUGCGGAACAAUUUCAGGAAAGUUGAGGAGACUGAAGGUUGGAAGUUCCUUCAACAUCAUGAUCCCCUGCUUGAGCUUGAAAUUUUACAGUUCAUGGAUGAGGCUGAGUCGAGGAAGAAGAGGAGGAGGAGACACACACGGGAGCAGAACUUAUAUUUACAGCUAAGCGAAGGGAUGGAUCGUUUGGAGCACAUAUGCAGCGAAGGAUGUACAAGCGUUGGGCCAUAUGACAGCGAGUACUCUUGCCAAGAGAAGCUGCCAUGUAGCAAAUUUGAUACAUGCCGAGGCCUCCAGCUUCUGAUACGGCAUUUCUCUACUUGUAACAGCAGGGCAAAGGGAGGUUGUUCCCAAUGCAAGCGAAUGUGGCAGCUCCUAAGGUUACACGCAUCUAUUUGUGACCAACUUGGCGAUUGCCGAGUUCCUCUAUGCAGAGAAUUCAAACAGAAAGUGGAAAAAAGGGGCGGCGACGAUGAGCUGUGGAAAUCACUUGUUAGAAAGGUGGUGUCAGCCAGAGCUAUAUCUUCUUUGUCUCUGCCUAAAAGAAAGAGGGUAGAGGAACCAAGAUUGAACCUAAGGCAUCAUCAAACGAGACGCUUUAGAUUGAAAAAUCAGUGUUAACAGUUAGAAAAUUAUUUACUUUUUAGACCUGAGAAGGUAUCAAUUAGGCAGACAUAAAUCCUACUGUAAAGAUUUUUCUUUGUUGAUUAUAUAUAUGUAUUUUGUUAACCAA